AUGAUGGUCCAUAGCCCAAUUUCGUCCUCAUCUCAGGAAACUCCAACCACGAAGACCAUCGUCAACCGACGACCGUGGGAGGAUUCCCCGCAAAAAGACACGCGCAGUGGGUCUCCUCUCGACUACCGGUCGCCGGUUCUGAAGUCAGCCGUGCCGUUGACGGAAAUGGACACUCCGCUUCCGCACCCUCUGGCUUCUUUCAUGUCUACUCUGACGAGCGGACUUCCCCCGAAAGUCGGUCCGAACACGGCAGCUUUCCUAGCCCAACACGCUCGUACAUCGCCGAGUGGCGAAAUUAUCCUCGACGAUUUCCCCAAGCGAAAGCAGCGCCGCUACAGGACCACGUUCACUUCGUACCAACUCGAAGAGCUCGAAAAAGCAUUCGGAAAAACGCACUAUCCUGACGUUUUCACCAGGGAAGAACUGGCGAUGCGUGUCGACCUCACCGAAGCUCGUGUCCAAGUCUGGUUCCAGAACCGACGCGCAAAAUGGCGCAAGCAAGAGAAAGCCAACGGCAACCCGAACCCCGGUGCGGGCUUCAAUCCCUAUUCGUCUCCGCAAAGUUUGCCUCCGUCGACGACGUCCUCUGAGGGAUCGACACAAUCCGGCCCUGCAGCUGUAGCCGCCGCGGCCGUAGCGGCGGCCCAGCCAUCUGUAGCUGCUGCAGCGGCGUUCGCGUCCAUUUACGGUCGGAAACAAGCGACCGAAAGGCUCCAGUACGGCACAGCUCCCGGAGGCGCACCGAGCCCGGCCGCGUCGCUAAUGCUGCCCGGCAUGACAUUGCCUCCCGGUUUGCCUGCCAUGUUGCCCGGUCUUCCUCAAUUCAACCCAUUCUUGCCGCCGGCCCUCAGCAGUCCCUACGCGAACCACCUGCAAGCGUGGCUGCAGGCUGCCAUGGCAGCUCAGGGUAAGGUCGAGGACAAAAGCCGAAGUCCCUCGCCAGCUGCCUCGACGAAGUCGUGUUCCUCACGCUCGAGGUCGCCCGUAAAGGUCGAACCGAAAGAAGCUCCGAGCUUCGAUGACAGCAAAGAUGACAAUCAAUCCAGUAUCGACAUCCUCCGAUCCAAAGCCCGCGAGCACGAGGAAGAGCUACGGAGACUCAGCGAUAAUUCGGACUAG